AUGUCUAGUGACACGCUGCGGCGACAUAUGCGGGCGAUGCACGGCGUGGAGGAACCCGCCCGUAUAAAAUUUGCAUGUACAGGCUGCCGGAAUCAGAAGGCUCGAUGCCAGGGUGAGUCACCGUGUACUAACUGUGUUCGUCGCGGACUGCAAUGCUCUUUGACGCAAGAGGAGCAAGGUGAUGGGAAGCAGAUUGGCCAUAUCAGUGGCUCAACAGACGCACUAUCAGUGGCGUAUCAGAGUCCUACCCGCUCAAACGCGAAUCGCUCCGAAAACGAAAGACAUUAUAUCAAGCUUUAUUUCCAGCUGUUCCACCCAUAUUGGCGCUUCAUUCACCAGGGCUCGUUCAAAGAAUCAGAUGAGACACCCUUGCUUGUCCAGUCAAUGGUUGUUAUCGGCUUGUGGCUGAGUAAUGAGGACAAUGCGCAGUCACGAGCUAUUGCGCUGCAUAAUGUCCUGAGUUCGGCUAUAUAUCAGCAAAUGGGGCUAUGGGAUGCUUCUGAGUCCGAGGGCGCAUGCAGUUCCUGUUCCUGGCCUAUCCCGACAUAUCAGGCUAUCUUGCUCCAUAUCAUCUUUGCUAUACUAUAUAAAGAUCGUGGCGCGCUGGGCCUUGACCUAAGGCCUUCCUUAUCGGCCGCUGGUGCCGAACUGCUUCGCAGGCUAGUCAAUGAUCUUCCUUCUUACGUCUGGGUAAGCAUUGAGGAAGUGAAACGAUUUAACAUCGCUCUAUAUAAAGUUUGCACAGCAUACAGCGGAAAGGAGUGUGGCACAGGUGUCCUGGAUACAAUCGCGGUGUCGAGCAGGGAGCUUCGGGCACAGGAUUUACAAUUUCCCUUACCAAGGAACACUCCGUUGUGGAACGCCAUAAGCAAAGCGGAAUGGGUAUCUGCUGCGACAGAGGAUGUAUACCGCCACACCUUGAAUGAUACUUUGGAGCACGAAUGGAUUUCUAAGUCAGCACAUAUCUUGGAGGCGCUAGAUACAACUUGA